CCUCUGAUCCCAGCCCUCAAAGAAGAGUGAAUCUUGAGUCUAUGGCGCCUGAGGAGAAGAAGAAUACAGGUACACAGUAGGGCCAGCAAGGGGCUGUGGGAGAGGGGGAAGGAGAGUCUGACUAGACAGACUUUGCCUGCUUGCUACAGGGCCCCUACAAUGGAACCUAGAAGAGAGGGUGGGCUUGGGUUCCCCUGCCAGCUACCAGGGAAUGGGGUGUGAAGCCCUGAUAUAAGGUGAUAAAGACUUUUGAAAGUCUGGAGGUGAGAAGGUGUAAGGACCACAGAGCCCAAAGGCAGAAGAUCUGAUGUAAGGACAUUGGACUCCUGUUUGCUGAACUUUGUAAGCCUGGAAGGGGAGAAACUUAAAAGCAAUCUGGCUAGAGGGCUGAGUCAUGAAAUGAGACCGGUUGCCACAGGGCUGAAAGGAGAUCUCUCCCUGUGAGGGGAGAUGCCUUUGGGAGUAGAGAAAAAGCUCCAAAGAGCUCCUGUGAAAGCAGCAAGGACAAUAGACUCAAAACCGCAGGUCAGAUACAGCAAAGGGGCUGGAGACUGGCACUCAUGCGGGAACUGGAGAUGAACUGGUAUCUGAAAAUAUGUAACUUAUCGUAUGAGCAUACGAUCGCGUACACUACUGGAAUGCCUCACAGAAAUCUUGGGAAAUCUGGACUAAGAGUUUCAUGCCUGGGCCUUGGGACAUGGGUCACAUUUGGAGGUCAAAUUUCAGAUGACGUUGCUGAACAGCUAAUGACAAUCGCUUAUGAGAGUGGAGUAAAUCUGUUUGAUACAGCGGAAGUGUACGCAGCUGGAAAGGCUGAAGUGAUUCUGGGAAGCAUAAUCAAAAAGAAGGGCUGGAGGAGGUCCAGUCUGGUCAUAACAACAAAACUCUACUGGGGUGGAAAAGCUGAAACAGAAAGGGGACUUUCAAGAAAACACAUCAUUGAAGGAUUAAAGGCUUCUCUCCAGAGACUGCAGCUCGAGUAUGUGGAUGUUGUCUUUGCAAAUCGACCAGACAAUAAUACCCCCAUGGAAGAAAUUGUCCGAGCAAUGACACAUGUGAUAAACCAGGGGAUGGCAAUGUACUGGGGAACCUCACGCUGGAGUGCUAUGGAGAUCAUGGAAGCCUAUUCUGUAGCAAGACAGUUUAAUAUGAUUCCACCAGUAUGUGAACAGGCUGAAUAUCAUCUUUUCCAGCGAGAGAAAGUGGAGGUUCAACUGCCAGAAUUGUACCACAAAAUAGGGGUUGGAGCAAUGACAUGGUCUCCACUUGCCUGCGGGAUCAUCUCCGGGAAAUAUGGAAAUGGGGUUCCUGAGAGCUCCAGGGCUUCACUGAAGUGCUACCAGUGGCUAAAGGAAAAAAUUGUAAGUGAAGAAGGAAGAAAACAGCAAAUAAAGCUGAAAGACCUUUCCCCAAUUGCAGAUCGUCUUGGAUGCACACUACCUCAGCUAGCAGUUGCAUGGUGCCUGCGAAAUGAAGGUGUGAGUUCUGUUCUUCUAGGAUCUUCCAAUCCAGAGCAACUGAUAGAAAAUCUUGGAGCCAUUCAGGUUCUUCCAAAGAUGACAUCACACGUUGUAAGUGAAAUAGAUAAUAUUCUAGGGAAUAAGCCCAUCAGCAAGAAGGACUACCGAUCAUAAUGCAAUGCAUGGUUACACAGGACAGCAUGGUUAAAAUAGUGCUCUGUAUACACUACAGUACUGAAUUAAUAUCCAGUCAUUAAAAUCAUGCAGCAGCUUGCUGCUCAGUCUCUACUGUUACUGGAUUUUUCAAGGUGUGUGCUGUUGCUACCAAUCUGCAGUAAAAUUCAAAAGCACAGUUGAUCUCUCAUACAACUGAGAAUAUUCUUUGUAUUUUCUUAUCUCUGACUAAAGUCACUGUCUCUUAAUUUUCUCUUAGCACCUCAUGCUUAUGCAGUGAAAUACACAUAUCAAGCAAAAAAAAACAAAACAAAAACUAUUUAUAUCCUUUAGGUACUUCGUAAUUAAAGAAGGAUGUACAGAUAUAUUUUUUCAAUGAACAAAAACAAAACUUACAGUUUUAGUAAAAAUGCAUUCUAAGAAAUUUCAACUAUAGAAGAUCUUCAGCUGGGUGGGAGGGAUAGCUCAGUGGUUUGAGCAUUGGCCUGCUAAACACAGCAUUGUGAGUUCAAUCCUUGAGGGGGCCACUUAGGGAUCUGGGGCAAAAAUUGGUCCUGCUAGCGAAGGCAGGAGGAAGGACUCAAUGACCUUUCAAGGUCCCUUCCAGCUCUAGGAGAUUGGUAUAUCUCCAAUUAGUACCUUUAUCAUAGAAUGAGCUAGUUCAAAAUUUUCAAAUGCAAUUUUUAUAUAGGCUUUAGGCUGUAGCUGAAAAAGGACCUUACAGUAAAAAGUCAGAAAAUUAAUUACUACAUGGUUCAGCUUCUAAAUAGUCCAAUUAAGAAUUUUGCAUAUUGAAUGUGCUCAGCUGUUUAUUAUAUAAUUCACAGUUGCUGUAAAAUAUCAGAAAACCAGUUAUUUGUUUUGGUGAAAGGUUACAUUUGCUCUGACUGUAUCCUGGAAAUCAGCCAUAAGUAGUGUUUUUGACAAGGUAUUUUUAAACAAUGAGUUUUGUGAAAGUAUUUCAUCCUUACACAGGAAACACUGGUACAUUUAUCAGUUAAUCUGCCCAUUUUAAGAACAGCUUCAUAAAUACAGUAACCUCACUUUGCUCUGUAAAAUGCAUUUACUAUAACUUCAGUAAGUCUGUUUCACACAUGUAUUGCAUACAUAUACACUUCCUAAAGAGUAUGGUUAUGUACAGUACAUAUAGGACCCUUGUAUACCAUGUUUCCUAACUUCAUAGCAUAAGAGUGUUGCACACAUUUUUCAGAUGACACAUGAACAGAACAUAGAUACUGAUAUUUUUAAAGUUAAAAUGUUUUUCUUCUAUUUCAUUCAAUGAUCUAUGGUAUGUGUAAAUGAACUUAGCUUCUGUAUAUUAGAACCGCAAUCUAA